ACCUUUCGGCCACAGAUGCAUUUUAAGAGAGCCAACAGAGUUCAAUUGUUUUUUUUAGAAGUUGAGAUUCGAUUUGAUUUUUGGAUCUUGUUCAGGCCCAUUUUAGUUGUAGGCCUAGUAAUAGUAGCAGCCAGCUUAUCUUCUCUUGGGCUUCUUGUAGUGUACGCCGUCAUUCUUAUUCAGCCAGCGUUUUCAACUAGGAACAGGUUCCAUUCAAACGGCCUCCUCACUCCAGCGUCGUAUUCUACCAAACUGUCAGCUGUCAGCCUAUCCAGUCGGCCGAUGGCUUAUUAUAGGGGACGUGGACGAGGAAGGGGAUACGGAGGAGGUGGCUUUUCUGGGUAUUUUAAGCCUGAGCCAGUUGUGCUUUUCCCUGAUGUUGAAUUACCUGAUGUAAAAGGUGUGCCUGAAGAGAAGACCUUAGUCAUUUGGAAUUCAAGGUUGCAAAACUAUUGGAAAGCCUCUCCUUACUAUAUUGAAGAAAAUGUUUCAAAGAAAAGCCAGAGCAAGGACAUAGAAAGAUAUUCUGACUGGGAGAAGCCAAAGAGCACCUCAAAACGCGAUAGUCUUAACCAGAUUCUACAACUCCAAUCUCAUAAUUUUCCUAAAGAAUUGAUUGGAGGUUCGCGAUUGAAACAACUUAUGCAACUAUUGACUUGGUAUUCAAGACAAUAUUCAAGGAGAGCUCAGCGAAGUGCCAAAAAGAUGCGAUGGAAUCUAGACUCAGGCUUGGACAAAUUAGAUACGUUCGAGAAAUUUGAACAGGGUCUUGAGGAUCCAGACAAAGAAGGAAAGGAAAAGAAAGGUGAUGGAGAAGAAGACAAUACAGAUGAAGAGCCGGGAGAACUGUCUGACGAAUCAUACAGUGAUGAUGGAGAUUAUAAUGAGAAUGAACAUUUUGAUGAUGAUGAAGAUGAUUAUAACCAAGAAGAUGGCAAUGAUGAUGAACCUAUAUAUUAGUUGUCCAGUGGAGAAAGUUUCAAUACCCUUGGGAAUUUGUCUGACGACAUGGAAAUAUUGCUCUUCAAUUGGAAUGGUGGGUUUUUUGAAGUUCACUUAGACAUGGUGCCUGCUGGCUGUGAGGAUAAACCACCCUUUGAUAACUUGUACCUUGUAAAUUUCACCAUAACACAUUAGAUACAUUGAAGGCAUGCUGAAAAGCAUAUCGGAUUUUAACCAUAUGUUUACAGUGGAGGAACCUAUUAUACAAAUAAUAUUUUAUUUUUUAUUUAAAUUGGGUUUUCACUUUCCUAUCUUAUAUACUCCGGUAUUAGGUUUUUGUAUGUAAAAAUGCGGAGAUGCCAUAUUCCCUAAAUGGUUAGGUUCUGCUUGACCUAUUUGAACGUUA